UUACUCUGCAGGAAGUAAAAGGCGUUCAGCCAAAGACAGGACUUGAGGUUCGGCUCCUUCAGGUGAGAUCUCGAGCAAGAUCUCACGGAAGCCUUGUCACGUCCUUCAUUUUGCAGCCGAUCGAGGAGGAUGAAUCAGUCUAAUGUCUCAAUCAGCAGACCGCACUAUACUGCGGACAAGAGUGAUGAAGGAGAAAAAGUACUUCCUAUCGAGUACGUCUACCUAUCACUGCUUUUGGUGCCUCACAUGUCUACAUACAAUCAAACGUCAAGUAUAGAAAACUACAGUACGUCAUACAUCAGCUUUGAUAGAUACCAAAAAUAUCAGAUGCAGCGUCAUAUCAGCCUCACCAGAUCUCUCCGAUUACGGACCGAGCAUAUCAGAUCAACGAGGCAUGGACAAACCCCGGUGGCUCCGUAUCGGCCUCAGCGCCAGCAGGUAUAUGCUACUAACUUCUUUUGAGAAGCCCCAACCCCUCGCCACUAGACCCCUGAAGGCGCCUUUACCAUGUUAUAACGUGAAAAUACGCUAUCCGCCGUCAUAUCAGCAAGGAACAGCGCAUGGCAACGCAUAAUGAUCAAAUAGGAAGAAGAUAUGUUGGUCCAUCAUGCUAAGUGAGAAUGCCUGCUAACUCUAUGAGGGAACGUGCAAAAUAGCCGUCACCACCUCCCCUGCCCCUAACAUAGAACAACUUUCGAACACAGUGGAACGCUUGCCGAAGUGUUCGGAUAUGGUAACCUUCGGCGAUCAUAUGGGGUUCAUCAUGGUUUCCUUUGCAACAAGGGUCAUCCGUGGCCGAAGGAAGGAGGGGUUGGGGAUGGGCAUCAAAAUAUACAUAUGGAUGUGCGUUCGGGUUUAGGCACGAAGUCGAUCAUAUAUUCUGUCGGAUAUCACGAGAACUGGUGAACCGAGCCAAGCAAGGGGUUGUCAGGGUCAGGGUUUGAAUUACAUAUUGUGAUGUCUGCAUGCAGUUAUACAUACACCCUUGGAGAGGGAAGGAAUUGAUAGUACAUAUACCAUCUAUGUACAGACGGAGAAGGCAGUGCUGUGGCGUCGUGCUGGCCGUUUAACGGCAAAGACAGCCAGAAAGGUUUGCUAGGAACACAAGCACCCUGGACCUGACCUGGACCUGGAUGUCUUUGAGCCAGAAUUUGAGCCAAAUAUUGAGCCAAAUAUUGAAUCUGACUGAACCUGACAUGAACCUGGGGAACCCUGAAGGAGGCAGAGAUAAAGUGCCAAGGUCCGAACGGAGUUAGUUAACGAUGGUGAAACUCGGUUUUUCUGAGGAUAGGGAGUCGGUGACGGCUUCAACCGAUCAACAGACCCUCGACAUUCUUUUGAUUGAAAUCGAAGGCAAGAGGCACGGUCCAUGAAUUGUGCACUUCAACCCCAUACUACGGAGUCGCUGUUCCAGCAAGCUUCUGUGGAGAGCAAGAUGGAGCAAGUGGUGCUAAUACUAAGAAAACUGCUCGAUUGAGCUAGAGCAGCAUUAUAACGGGGCCCCUAACUAGUUUCAGAGCAAGAUGGCAAAAACGGGGCCUCACCUUGGCUGGCGAUCAUGAGCCUCAGGUU